GGUAAAUUUAAUUUUAAAUGAAAAUGACAUCCAUAACAGGCAAUGACAUCAAAUUAUAUAAAUAUGAAAGUUUCUUGUACUUUUUAUUGUGGACGAGUGCAGUAUUAUAUUCUAUUUAUAAUGUAUUUUUAAUUAAUACUUAUUUUAUUAAUUAUGAUGAUUCAUAUGGUGAUUUUGCACCAGGAUGGAAAUGGAUUGGAAGGAAACAAGAUAUUUCUGAUCAAGAAUGGAGAAUAUGGAUACCAUUAAUAAUAAGAUUAAUACCUUGGUUAUUUCUUCAUCAUUUUAUUAGUCGGAUUGUUAAGAUUACAUCAAAUUUUGUGCUAUUGUGUUGUUGGUACAUCUUUAUAUCCAUGUUAUUUUUGUAUUUUUAUAUUGGAAUAUUAGGCAUGUUAUGUGCAUUAAUGCAACCAAGUAUAUUAUAUAUUUUAACAUAUAAACGUAGCACAUAUACUAUAUGGAUAAUAAAUAUAUUAUUUUUAUUUAUAAUACAUUUUUUAAAAAUUCCGAAUGGUUUCUUUCAAAAUAUAUUUAAAUUUAAUGAUGAAGAACAUUAUAUUUUAACUCUUAUAAUGUGUUGGAUUCAAUUAAGAAGUAUCAGCUAUUGUAUAGAUAAUAUCAAAUCACAUUUAGAAAAUAAUUAUGAUAAUAUGCUUUUCUUUGUACAAAAUUUUCUAUAUAAAUUAGCAUAUUGUUUAUAUUUGCCUACAUUAUCCUUAGGACCAUUAAUUUUGUAUCAUGAAUUCAUUAAUUCUGUAAUAGAAACAUCUCAAUUUUUGAAACUUGCAAAUUUUGGAAAUUUUAUUUUUAAUUUAAUUAGAUAUAUUUUCUGGAUAUUUUUUGCUAACUUUUUCUUACAUUUUCUUUAUUUUAAUGCAAUACAGUAUCACCCAGAGAUUGUUAAAAGUUUAAAUCCAUGGGCUUUAUAUGGAUUAGGAUAUUGCAUGGGACAAUUUUUUUUAAUUAAAUAUGUUGUAGUAUAUGGACUUAAUCAUACUUUAUGUGCAAUAGAUAAUGUAAGAGCCCCUCCACAACCUAAAUGUGUAGCAAGAAUUCAUUUAUAUUCUGAUAUGUGGAAAUAUUUUGAUCAAGGUUUAUAUAAAUUUCUUAUAAGAUACAUUUAUGUACCUUUAUUAAGAUUAAAUUUCAGCAAAUUAAUUGCUUCUUUUUUAUGUUUUACAUUUAUUUUCAUAUGGCAUGGAAUGCAAACAAACAUUUUUAUUUGGGCAUUCUUAAAUUUUAUAGGAUUAAAUAUUGAAAGUUUAAUUAAAUUGGCUGAAAAAAAAAAAUAUUAUUCAAAUGUACAAAAAAAAUAUCUAUCACAAGCAAAUUUCAGACGUUUCAAUUGUAUUUUAACAAGCCCAUUAUUAGCCAUGUCAGUAAUAUCCAAUUUUUAUUUUUUUGUUGGAGAAGAAAUUGGAAAUAUUUACAUCUAUAGAAUAUUAUAUGAUACAUGGUACAGUAAAUUCAUUUUACUGUUCUUUCUUUAUUGCUGUUGUCAAGUCUCUAUAGAUAUAAAAAAUUGGGAAUUACGAAAAUAUUCAAAACUAUAAAACACUAGAAAUUCCACACUAUUAUACAAAAUAUUUUAA